AGGUCAUCCAGGGCAGCUCUAUGACAUGGUGAUGUCAGUAGAGGUUGGACUCCCACCCAUAUAAAUGUAGCUUCUGUUCUAUCCUGGAAACAGACUCACCUUCAGCCAAAUCAGCGGCAUUCUCCAUAUCAGCACCAUGGACAGCUCCCGCAGGAACCUGCUCACGCUGCUGAGCUCCACUUUCCUCCUGCUGGUGCUCAGAGCAAGCUGCCAGGACACAGAUUACCUGGAGACCCGAUCCCUGGACUUCUACUCCCCUGUGGAUAACAGCGUCCACGAGAAGGAGCUGAUUGAUGCUUUGCAGGAGGUGUUAGAAAAACUUAAAAGUAAAAAACUUCCGUUAUUUGAAAAGAAAUAUGGUCAAGUGCCCAUGUGUGGUGCAGGAGAACAGUGUGCCGUCAGGAAAGGAGCCCGGAUUGGGAAGCUCUGUGACUGCCCCAGACGGACGUCUUGCAAUACAUUUCUCCUAAAAUGUUUAUGAGUGAGAUCUUAAACCACAUUUCCAUCUGAUAUCAUGGACAGCCAAAAAUCAGAAUGUCGCAUGUGUGAUUUUUACAUGUAUUUUAUUUUUAGCCCUGUUUGAGUGUGCUAACUUGUAAUGCACAUUUCUAUUUUUGUUACAUGUGUUGCAUUAUUUUAUACCUACAGUAUAUACUUUGUAAAUUAUAAUUUAGUAAAUACAUCUUAAGCAUGUACAUGUUAUGUGUAAUAAAGAUUUUUUUAUUAUAAA